CAUUUGUCAAACGGGGUCGAGCUGUGGUGGAUUGGAGCUGAAGGUGCUGUUUAUGUUCAUAGAGGGUUUGCGAAAGACCGUGGCUGUGUAUCUUUCUACGGGUUAGAGGUGCUGAGGGUUAAGGGAAGACCACUAACCCUGAUCUUUCAUGUUCAACUUCAUCAUUGAAAAAGAACUUCAUUACCCAGAGUCCUGCCUGAAAGUAGGAGGUACCAGACAUCAGGAUGCAUUGGAAGAGUAUGUCACUGUCUCGCUGUUGGUUGCUGCUCUGUCUCCUUCUUGCUGCUGAAACUGUACCAAUCGAUAAGAUAAAGGUGACCAAAGUAGAAGAACCAGAAGUGCAGGCGACAGUUGAAAGUCCAGACACUGGGUUGUAUUAUGAUCGCUACCUCCGUGAAGUAAUUGAUGUAUUGGAAACAGACAGACAUUUUCGGGACAAACUUCAGACAGCAAAUAUAGAUGAAAUAAAGAGUGGAAAACUCGCUAAAGAACUAAACUUAGUGAGUCAUCUUGUGAGAACCAAAUUAGAUGAAUUGAAACGACAGGAAGUGUCCCGGCUACGAAUGCUUAUUAAAGCUAAAAUAGAUGCACAACAAGGUAAAGACGCAGGAAUAGACCAUCAUGCUUUGUUGAAACAAUUCGAGCACCUCAAUCACCAAAACCCGCAUAGCUUUGAGCCAGAAGAUUUGGAAUUAUUGAUUAAAACUGCAACCAGUGAUCUGGAAAACUAUGAUAAAGAACGGCACGAAGAAUUUAAGCAGUAUGAGAUGCUGAAGGAACAUGAGAGGAGGGAGUAUUUGAAAACAUUAGAUGAAGAAAAGAGGAAAGAGGAGGAGGCUCGGUUUGAUGAGAUGAAAAGAAAACAUCAGGAUCACCCAAAAAUUAAUCAUCCAGGAAGCAAAGAUCAGUUGAAAGAAGUUUGGGAGGAAACAGAUGGCCUUGAUCCUGAAGAUUUUGAUACCAAGACCUUCUUCAAGCUGCAUGAUACUAAUGGUGAUGGUUUUUUGGACGAGCAGGAGAUGGAAGCAUUAUUUACUAAAGAGCUGGAGAAGAUUUAUGACCCUAACAAUGAGGAAGAUGAUAUGAUAGAAAUGGAAGAAGAACGAUUGAGAAUGAGGGAGCAUGUUAUGAAAGAGAUUGAUAUAAACAAGGACCGACUGAUAUCUGUUGAUGAAUUUUUAACUGCUUCUGAGAAGAAGGAGUUUGUGGAUGCUGAUAAUUGGGAGACUCUAGAUGAACAGGAGCUUUAUUCAGAAGAUGAGCUACAAGAGUUUGAAAGACGACUGUCUCAGCAGGAGCAUGAACUGCAAAUGAAAUCAGAUGAUCUGUUGAAACAGCGUGAAGCGCUGCAGCUUCAACAAGACCAGCUCCAAGCACAGAAAUUUGAGUUCCAGCAGGCUGUACAGCAUCUGGAGCAACAAAAACAGACACAGCAGGUUCACCCUCCAGCAGGACCUAAUGGAGAACUCCAGUUCCAUCAAGAAAAACAACAAGCAGCUCCUCCAGGAAGUAUGCAAGCUCUGCCUCCAGGCCAUGAUCAGCCCCAAGGUUUAAACCAGCCAGCUCCUGGUCAAGAUCAACCUCAACAAUAAUCACUAUGCCUCCAGGAUUUGGGCUAGCAUAUGAGUUCCUGAAUGGCUUUUUGGGUCCAAAUGAUCAUUGCUCCAAUCUGAUAAUUUUUUAUUGCUGUUUAUUCCUGUUAAAGUUGCACAUUAUGCAGAGACCACUGUCUGCAAGCAUUUUCUUCAAGGGGGUUACUGAAACACUCGUGCAAAUAUUUCAUUAUCCAACAAAGAUGAUUUACUUAUGAUAGUGAGCAGAAUUCACUUGAAACCCUGAACAGAGAUCUGAGACUCACUUGUGAAUUGUAGUAGAAUAGAAUGGCUGCAACUGGGUUGUGAGCAUUUGGAAAAGUAUUUUCAUCCUGUGGUUGGUAUGAUUCCUUUAUGGGAUAUUGGAGAAAAUCCUUAGUGUAUUAAUAAUUAAAAUUGAGAUGGUUCUUGGGAUUUUAAAAGUAGCUAAGAUAUUUGGGUGAGUAUUUUAGGUUUGUAAGUAGAAAAGCUAAUCAUUUUGUAUGUGAGGCAUUGUGUUCAAGAUUGUUGAGUAUGAUUUACUGCUGAAAAUGUGUUGCUGGUUAAAGCACAGCAGGUUAGGCAGCAUCCAAGGAACAGGAAAUUCGAUGUUUCAUCAGGAAUGAGAAGUAUUCCUGAUGAAGGGCUCUGGCCCGAAACGUCGAAUUUCUUGUUCCUUGGAUGCUGCCUAACCUGCUGUGCUUUAGCCAGCAACACAUUUUCAGCUCUGAUCUCCAGCAUCUGCAGACCUCACUUUUUACUCUGAUUUACUGCUGGUCUCUCUUCUUGGCUUUAGCUAGUUUAGCUAUCUUCAGCUGCAAUUAAUCUCACUCAGUCUUGGUCUUCAAUGCCAUAUCUUGGCCAACAAUAUUUGGGAGUGAUAAUGUCAGCUGGAAAAUAGUGAAAGGGUGGGCUUUUAUUGCAAGUGCUUACACUUUCAAUGCUUUUUUUUCACAAGUUUGAUUAUUUUGAAACAUUGAAACAACCUUUUGUUGAUGAUGGGUUUGGAUGGCUAUCCAGUGUGUUACUCAUAAUUAUGUUUGGUUAUCAAAGUAUUUUUGGUACUUCUUUUAACCUUCAAUUCGUUACUAAUUACCCUGCCAGUCUGAGGACUGGAGACAAUCCUCUCAGUGGAAGUUCUGUGGACCGUCUCUUUCCAUGGUUUUCCCAGGUUGGAUUUAAAUUCACACAGUUGUCAUAGCUGAUAUUCAAGUUAGUUGAUAAUCCAAAAACAAUACAAAAAUGCUAACUGGCUGUUAUGAGUUGCCAAAUUGCAGUUUCCAAUUCAGCAACUGCCAGCCCGUUAUUUUACUUCAUAAAAGAUGCUUAUUAAUAUCUCAAUACAUACAUUUUAAGGUAAUGGUAACUAGAAGAACUGCUCAUCAUAAUGGAUAUGGGUAUUCUGUUUUAAUGUUGGACUGAUUUUACUCCUGAACUUGUAGGGUUUUAGGUUCUUGGCAUUUCAGAUUUGUUAAAGAUCACUAACAUUUACUAGCUCGUAGUAAUGCAUCAACAUGCAUAAUAGAAUCACCAAGUACAAAAGAUAAGUGUAUGGUCCUCGCCAAAUGUAUGCUGUUUGUAUAGGAGCCAAUGCCCAUUUGCCUUCGUUAGCAUGGUUUGGUUUACUUGGAUACUUAACUUAACUUAUCUGCCACAGUGGGAAUGCUGAUUGCCAUAAUGCACAGAUUAUAGAUGUGUAGUCACGAAUUGAAUGUUGCAUUUUAUCAUGUGUAAACUGUUGGUUGAAUAAUUCUGAAGAUUGUAGACUGAUUUUAUUUCAGCAUUUAAACUGAUUUAGUUAAAUUAGAAAAGCUGCUUCUCACAGUAUUUGCAUUCUGACAGAUGAGUUGUCUUAAUGAACCUCAUUGUUGUAACAAUGCAUUGAUGAUUUUAUUAUGUGGGUAAGGAUUUGCAAUACAAUCUCCCCUCAACGUGUUAGGCUUAGCUGUGCCGUUUUGGAGAACGAUCAGUUGAAGUCCAGCUAUUCUGCACACAGGUCAGUUUCAGAAUGGUGCUGGCAGAAACAUAGAAGGUGGUCAUCCUUCUUAACAAAAGAUGCUGCAAUGGCCAUAAAGUAAUAUUUGAAAUAUGUUUGAAAUUUAGGAAUUAUACAAAUGAAACAUUGCAGAUGCUGGAGAUAUGAAAUAAAAUGACAUGCCAGAAAACCUCCAAUCUGGCAGAAAGAGGAACAGAGUUAAUGUUUUAAGUCCAGUAUGAUUUCUUCCAAAGUUAGGAAGGAUAGCAAUGUAAUGAUUUUUAUGCUCUUGAAAAGAAGAUGAAUGGGAUCAUGUGGAACAGAAGAGAAUAUCGGGGAUAUUUGUUCUUGUAGGUUUAUUGGCAGAUUGAUAUUGCUGCCAUGAGUGGCUGAACUGAGUUUGAACUGUUGGCAUGAAACACUUAAAAGCUAGGAGCAUCUUGAGUGAGAAUAAGCAGUUGGUGGGAGGAUACCUUUUGAGAGCAGAGGAAACUAUGUAGGUGACACAUGGGACAGUUGAAUUGACAAUUCAAAACACUAGACUUAAAAUGCUUAUUGCCAGGAAUUGACACAGUCUUUACCCAAAUUUAAAUACUAUGUGAUGCACUGGGUUGAAAUGUAGCCUCUAAUCUUGAAGCCUGGACUUCAGUCCACCAAGGCUGAAGACCAUCUGGUCAGUGAAAGUCCAAUGUAAAAUAAAGUUGGUAAUUUGUCUGAAUUUCUAGUAGGUAGCUUCUAUUAUGUGUGGAUUCACAGCACAGAAUUGCCCCCUACUGUAAUACUUUGUGGCACUCCUAAUCACUGGCUGAUGUUGGAAAUAUAAAAUGUUCCAUAAAUAUAGCCAGUACUUUGAAGUGUCUGAGUGAAAAUAUACAUUUCAGACACACGAGGGAGUCCUCUACUCUGAAUCUAACUAUAUUGCACCUGACCUGGGGAAUGCUUAAUAUUGGCACUGAGUAUCUAAACUUGUAAUGUGUUAAAUAACUUAGCAUCACAUAUUUCGCCUUGCUAAGUAUAAAACUUUAAGUUAUGAAAAUGCUGUCUUUGAUCUGGAGUUGAAAUGCCCUUCAGUUUAUUUGUGUAACAUAUUCAACAUUUCUUGAUUUAAGAAAUACAAUGUUUCAUUGUCUACUUACCAAGUAAAGCCUUUCCAAAGAGAUAUCUGCCACUACUAUGUGUACAGGCAUUCCGUUGCAUUUUGAAAUCUGUUAAGCAUUAGUAUUCAAACUUAAGUUUAUUGUCUUGGCUCCAAAGUAUAAUUUCUGAGUAUGUAUUUUAAAAUGUGUUGUUAAUGUGUUUUUAUUUGACUAUUGUCCUGGUUUUGUUUUGUGGUGCAAUAUUUGUAGAUGAAAUUGUUUAGGUUCUAUUAAUUUCUU